AUGACCACAAUCGAGACGCAAGUGCAAUAUCACAGCACCUACAUGACGACGGAGGAGUACAUGACCCAAGAAGAAGACUGGGACCGGGACCUGUUGCUGGACCCUGCAUGGGAAAAACAACAGCGUAAGACCUUCACUGCCUGGUGUAACUCUCACCUGCGUAAGGCAGGAACGCAGAUUGAGAACAUUGAGGAAGAUUUCAGGAAUGGACUCAAACUCAUGCUCCUACUGGAGGUCAUCUCAGGUGAGCGACUCCCAAAGCCCGACAAAGGCAAAAUGCGCUUCCAUAAGAUAGCCAACGUGAACAAAGCCCUGGACUUCAUCUGCAGUAAAGGAGUCAAACUGGUGUCCAUUGGUGCUGAGGAGAUUGUUGAUGGCAAUGUGAAGAUGACCUUGGGAAUGAUUUGGACAAUCAUCUUGCGUUUUGCCAUCCAGGACAUCUCUGUGGAGGAGACAUCUGCUAAGGAGGGCUUGCUGCUGUGGUGCCAGAGGAAGACUGCCCCCUACAGGAAUGUUAAUGUGCAGAACUUCCACAUCAGUUGGAAGGACGGCUUGGCUCUGUGUGCCCUCAUUCAUAGACACAGACCUGACCUCAUUGACUACUCCAAACUGCGCAAGGAUGACCCUAUUGGAAACCUCAACAUUGCCUUUGAAGUGGCAGAGAAAUUCCUCGACAUCCCGAGAAUGCUUGACGCUGAAGACAUCGUGAACACUCCCAAGCCAGAUGAAAAAGCCAUAAUGACCUAUGUGUCCUGCUUCUACCAUGCCUUCGCUGGGGCAGAGCAAGCUGAGACAGCAGCUAACAGGAUCUGCAAAGUGCUGGCCGUCAAUCAGGAGAAUGAGAAGCUGAUGGAGGAAUACGAGAAACUCGCCAGCGAGUUACUUGAAUGGAUCCGCAGAACCAUUCCCUGGCUGGAGAAUCGUGUCGCAGAGCAGACUAUGAAUGCCAUGCAGCAGAAGCUGGAGGACUUCCGUGACUACCGCCGCGUUCACAAGCCGCCCAAGGUUCAGGAGAAGUGCCAGCUGGAGAUCAACUUCAACACGCUCCAGACCAAACUGAGACUGAGCAACAGGCCUGCGUUCAUGCCCUCUGAGGGCAAGAUGGUUUCAGACAUCGCUAAUGCCUGGAAGGGCCUGGAACAGGUGGAGAAGGGCUUUGAAGAAUGGCUGCUGACAGAGAUCCGUCGCCUGGAGAGACUGGACCACCUGGCCGAGAAGUUCAAGCAGAAGUGCUCCUUGCAUGAGUCUUGGACCGCAGGGAAGGAGGAGCUGUUGUCUCAGAAGGACUACGAAUCGGCCUCCCUGAUGGAGAUCCGUGCUCUGAUGAGGAAGCACGAGGCCUUUGAGAGUGAUCUAGCUGCUCACCAGGACAGGGUGGAACAGAUUGCUGCUAUUGCCCAGGAGCUGAAUGAGUUGGACUAUUUUGAUGCCGCCACCAUCAAUGCUCGCUGUCAGGGCAUCUGUGACCAGUGGGACAGCCUUGGCACUCUGACUCAGAAGAGGAGGGAGUCACUGGAGCGUGUAGAGAAGCUUUGGGAGACCAUUGACCAGUUGUACCUGGAGUUUGCUAAGAGGGCAGCUCCCUUCAACAACUGGAUGGAUGGAGCCAUUGAGGAUCUCCAGGAUAUGUUCAUUGUGCACAGCAUUGAGGAGAUCCAGAGCUUGAUCACAGCCCAUGACCAGUUCAAGGCCACUCUGCCUGAGGCCGAUAAGGAACGCAUGGCCACUAUAGGGAUCCAGAAUGAGAUUGUGAAGAUCGCUCAGACCUACGGGAUCAAGCUGUCAGGCGAGAACCCCUACACUGUCCUCUCCGCCCAGGGCAUCGGCAACAAGUGGGAGGCUGUGAAGCAGCUGGUGCCACUGCGUGACCAGAUGCUGCAGGAGGAGGUUGCCAGGCAGCAGGCCAAUGAGAGACUUCGACGACAGUUUGCAGCUCAGGCCAACAUCAUUGGACCUUGGAUCCAGACCAAGAUGGAGGAGAUUAGCCACGUCUCCGUCGACAUUGCCGGCUCCCUGGAGGAACAGAUGAGCAAUCUGAAACAAUACGAGCAAAACAUCAUCAACUAUAAAUCCAACAUCGACAAGCUGGAGGGAGAUCACCAGCUCAGCCAGGAGGGACUCAUCUUUGACAAUAAGCAUACCAACUACUCCAUGGAGCACAUCCGUGUGGGCUGGGAGCACCUGCUCACCACUAUUGCUCGCACCAUUAACGAGGUGGAGAACCAGAUCUUAACCCGUGAUGCCAAGGGCAUCAGCCAGGAACAGCUCAAUGAGUUCAGGGCCUCUUUCAACCACUUUGACAGGGUGAGGCCACCCUUCUUAAGAGAUUUGUUUUUCUAUCACUGUUACAUUCUAAGUACAUAUAUCACCCAGUCUCCGCAGAAGAGGAAUGGCAUGAUGGACCCAGAUGACUUCCGUGCUUGUCUGAUCUCUAUGGGCUAUGACCUGGGAGAAGUUGAAUUUGCUCGCAUCAUGACCCUGGUGGACCCCAACAACACGAGUGUGGUCACCUUCCAGGCCUUCAUCGAUUUCAUGACCAGAGAGACAGCUGAAACUGACACUGCUGAGCAGGUCAUGGCCUCCUUCAAGAUCCUUGCUUCUGAUAAGAUGUACAUCACAGUGGAUGAGCUGAGGCGAGAACUGCCCCCAGAGCAGGCUGAGUACUGCAUCAGCCGCAUGACCAAGUACAUUGGCAGCGACGCACCGCCCGGAGCCCUGGACUACAUCUCCUUCUCCAGUGCUCUGUAUGGAGAGAGCGACUUGUAG